UGCUGUGCAGAGGACCUGAGGAACCUGGGGAGAACGGGAGAGUUGGGUUUCUAGACACCUUUGUCCGGUUUCUGAUGGAUUCCCGGCUUGCCUGGGCAUGUGACCCUGGAUUGGCUCCAACUGUUUCGGGUUGUCCCCGCCCCCUCCUUUUGGCCUCCAGUCCAGCUGGGAGGAGCCCUCUGGGCCACGGAGCGAUCGGCUCUGUCCGGCUCAUCAUGCUGCAUAGUCAGUAAACAGGAUCAAAAACAUUUCCAGGGAAGAACAGCAGUUUCAGGGACUCAUUACUCCUGAGAAAACGUGCAAGAACGGAAGGCCCUGACUGAACAGUGGCAGCCCUGUCUACAGCUUGGGUGGCUCUGCAGGAUGCUACAACUGAGUCUGUCCUGGCUGGGACUGGGGCCCGUGGCUGUCUCUCCGUGGCAGCUUCUGCUGCUGCUUGGGGCUUCCUUGUUCCUGGCUCGAAUUCUGACUUGGAUCAGUGCCUUCUAUGAGAACUACUGCCGUCUCCAAUGCUUCCCUCAGCCCCCUUCACGGCACUGGUUUUGGGGUCACCUGAGCAUGGUCAAGAACAAUGAGGAAGGCCUGCAGUUGUUGACUGACAUGAGCCAUCAACUCCCUGGUGUCCAUCUCUGUUGGGUUGGGCCCGUCUACCCUAUCCUGAGGCUUAUUCACCCCAAGUUUAUUGGCCCCAUACUCCAGGCCCCAGCUGCAGUGGCGCCCAAGGAAAUGAUUUUCUAUGGCUUCCUGAAGCCCUGGCUGGGGGACGGGCUCCUGGUGAGUGCUGGGGAGAAGUGGAGCCGCCAACGCCGCCUGCUCACACCCGCCUUCCACUUUGACAUCCUGAAGCCCUAUGUGAAAAAUUUUAAUAAGAGCGUGAACAUCAUGCAUGCCAAGUGGCAGCAUCUGACCACCAAGGGCACUGCCCGUCUGGACAUGUUUGAACACAUCAGCCUUAUGACCUUGGACAGUCUGCAGAAAUGUGUCUUCAGCUUUGACAGCAACUGUCAGGAGUCUCCCAGUGAAUACAUUGCUGCUAUUCAGGAGCUCAGCUCCCUCAUCGUGAAACGGCAUCACCAGCUGUUCCUCUACUCGGACUUCCUGUACUACCUCACUGCUGAUGGGCGGCGCUUCCGUGAGGCCUGUGACCUGGUGCACAGCUUCACAGAUGCUGUCAUCAGGGAGAGACGUCGCACCCUCUCCAGACAAAGCGUUGAUGAGUUCCUGAAGUCCAAGACUAAGUCUAAGACUUUGGACUUUAUCGAUGUGCUCCUGUUGGCCAAGGAUGAACACGGAAAGGAGCUGUCAGAUGAGGACAUCCGAGCAGAGGCCGACACCUUCAUGUUUGGAGGCCAUGACACCACGGCCAGUGCCCUCUCCUGGAUCCUGUACAACCUGGCGAAGCAUCCGGAAUACCAGGAGCGCUGCCGGCAGGAGGUUCAGGAGCUGCUGAGGGACCGACAGCCUGAGGAGAUCCUAUGGGAUGACCUGGCCCAGCUACCCUUCCUGACCAUGUGCAUCAAGGAGAGCCUGCGGCUGCAUCCCCCUGUCACGGUCAUUUCCCGCUGCUGCACCCAAGACGUCGUGCUCCCAGAUGGUCGGGUCAUCCCUAAAGGAAAUGACUGUGCCAUCAGCAUCUUCGGGGUUCAUCACAACCCUUCAAUCUGGCCAGACCCUGAGGUCUAUGACCCCUUCCGCUUCGACCCACAAAACCCACAGAAGAGGUCUCCUCUGGCUUUUAUUCCCUUUUCUGCCGGGCCCAGGAACUGCAUAGGACAGACUUUCGCCAUGAACGAGAUGAAGGUGGCGCUGGCGCUGACGCUGCUGCGCUUCCGCGUCCUGCCCGAUGACAAGGAGCCGCGCCGGAAGCCGGAGCUGAUCCUGCGCGCGGAGGGCGGGCUGUGGCUGCGGGUGGAGCCGCUGAGCGCGGGGGAGCAAUGACCCCAAACCUGACCUGGGACUGCUUCACCCCAUCCUCCAAUUGUCCUCUCUGGGUCCCAGAAUUAGCGGGGCUCCACCUAUCGCCAGCAGGGGGCGCUGGAGGGCCACAGCCUCAGCAAUGGUCUUGCAGACGAGAAGGAGCCAAAGAACCCGUUUGCUGAUUGGCCCAGCAAGGCUUUCAUGCUUAGAGUUCUUUUGCAGCUUGGACUUCAUCCUGUUAAAGCCACUGUAGGUCUUGGAGCAAAUUAGGAGAGGGAAUCGAGUUUCUGGCACGCUUGAGACUUUAGUCACUGAAACAAAGCCUUAAUUACACUGUUUCCACUUUCUUCUGCCUUCUCCGCCUCCUCUUCAAUAUAAUAUAAUAUAAUAUAUAAUUAUAUAAUAUAAUAUAUAUAAUAAUAUAUUUUAUAUAUUAUAGCCCUCCUCCAGUUUUUUGACUUCUCGAUGCUGCACUUACAGUAGUGGGCUACCACAGUACACCUGAUAGAGUGUGUAUUUGUAAAGUUUGGCUAAAAUGGUUUUUCAGAAAAGGUAUAUGUUAGCACCGUUGAGAAGCAUGUUAAAUGGUAUUUUAGGCUUGUGAUACCGAAGAUCACUAAGGCACACUUAAAAUGAAUGAAGUCACACUUCCAGAAUCUGUCAUUUAACUCUUUUUGUCCCUGGCAGUGUUCAUUGAGAGUCCCACUUACUUCACAAGAAUCUUAUAAUUUUCCUUUCUAGUAGCACUUUUGGGCUUUGAUUCCUCCACCCUCACCAUGAAACCACUAAAACGGUGUCAGAUGGAUGUGGUGACUCGUACCUGAAAUCUACUACCUGUGAAGGGGGACCAUGAAUUGGAGAACAUCUUAGAAUAGAAAUUUUAAGGCCAGCCUGGGCCUGGUAUGUUGGUACCAGGACCUCCGAAACCUGUGACAUCACACAGGCGACAGUGCAACCUAUACACCUGUUGCCAAGGCGACAGACACCAUAUUCCCAGAAUCCAUUGGGGUCUCCUUUACCUGAGACCAUGUCACCAUCCGUGUAUAUAUAAGAGAAGCACCCUCCCCCUCCCCCCACCACCUCUUCCCCUCUUCUCUUUCCACCACCAUCUUGGUCCUUUCCCCUCUCAAUAAACCUCACGUGGAACUGUUUGGCCUGGUGUGGUCUUUCUGGAGCUGUGCUACCGCUGCCAUCCGCUGACCCCCAACAUGGUAGGCCUUGCCCUUCCCAAUUCCCUCUGCCUUGCUCUUCCCAAUUCCCUCUGCCUUGCUAAACUGUGAGGUUGCAUUCCUUAAGCUGCUAUCGAGGUCUGUCCCCUUAUCUGGGCACUUCCUCCUCAUGAGGCUGACGAUCAAUGUGCAGCUAUUAAACUACUGAAGGACAACAAUCAAAAGCCCUCUUUGGAUCCCCUAAUUAACAUGCUAAUUAAACAUUUCAUCCUAACACAGGGUUUCCCAUUUUACCCUUAUAAACUGCCGUUUGCCUGUGGGCCACGUCUAUGUCCUCUCUAUCCAGAAGCAGGUCUUUGUCCCAUUUUGUGACAAAUAACCCUCUCCCAUGUGUUGUCUUUCGGCCACUUCUCCCUUGUCCUUUACCUCUUGUUUUUGUUACAUAUACACUGCCCUUUGUCCCUCUGAAGCAAAUAAUUCUUGGGUACUCUGUGCAGAUACUUUCCCUUUGCUUUUGCCUAGGAUCGUGAGGACAUACGGAUGCGGGGGGUGGGGAAGUGUGGGUCUUUCCAUUCCACAGACUGCAACAGAUGACCUGUGUAAUUCUUAAAAAACACAGCUAGGUCUUUUUCUGACUGGCUGCAGAGUAAUCUGUUGGCCUUCUGACCAUGGAGAACGCUCCCUCUGCAGGACAGUUUGGGAACAGCAGGCAUUGAAAAGACGAGCCUUCCUGGGUUCAGGGUAAUGGCUGCUGUGGGAUCCCAGGAGGGACACAUACCUCUCUCCUGAAAAGUUCUAAGACCUGACGCCCGAUGUCCUUGAUGACAGGACAGAGGGGGCAGUGAGGGUAAGUAGGUGGGGGUUGCAGUGGUCUCUGACAUUCUGCCACUGCCGGAAUCGCUGUCUUUCUCAUGUUCUAAGGCAGUUUCUUCCUAUUUGAAACGUUCUAUUCGAAAGGAAGAGGGAAGGCGUAUGAGGCUCAAUAGGCAAACAGCAUCUUAUGUAGCUCAGCGCGCCAAACUCUUGAAGCUCCCUCUCGAAUUUUAUAGAAGAAACAAACAACGAUUGGGGAGGAGACUGAGCAUGCUCAGGGUUAAAGCCUUCCAGCGUAGUUUCCCUUUUGUCAUGGGUGGACUGUUUUGAGCUAUCCCUGCUUCUGUAAGUAAGCCCGCGCCAAUACUCUGGUUAGUGACCUCAAUAAAAAAACAAAUCACUGAUUCACUGA